AUGAAGUUCACUGUCUUCGUCUCCGUCCUUCUUGCCUCGGCAGUCGUCGCCGCUCCCGCCCCAGAGAAGCUCGACUCCCGUAACGAGCUUGGUUGCAACGUUGGCGACAUGGCCUGCACUGGUCUUGCAGAGCGUGACCUCACCGCCCGCGCCCCAGAGAAGCUCGACUCCCGUAACGAGCUUGGUUGCAACGUUGGCGACAUGGCCUGCACUGGUCUUGCAGAGCGUGACCUCACCGCCCGCGCCCCAGAGAAGCUCGACUCCCGUAACGAGCUUGGUUGCAACGUUGGCGACAUGGCCUGCACUGGAUUGGCCAACUAAGCAACGAUUAAGGCUUUGUGGAGGAUCAACCUUCGCUACAAGAUGGAAUGAAGGAGGCGGUAGGAUUUUUGAAGCCUGGCGUAGCUUCUGUGUUGGAAGCAAUUAGGG